CCACAACAGACCGACCUGGGAUUAUCAAUACCCCACUUGCCCCCCGUCUGCUCUUGCGAAUGUCGGCCGAGAUCGCCUUCGAGACCGCCGAGCAGCUCCACAGCGACCAGCAGCACCUCCACCGCUUCUCCGACAUGGCCCAGCCCCCGUCCUCGGUCCUGAUCGCUCUGCCGCCCAGCAUCCAAGGCCCUGCGUCGCCGUCAGCAUCGUUCAAGCCUGCGUCUCGUUCGGGCUCGUCCGUGACGACUGCAGCGCCCGGGGCGACCCUGGCCAGGAUUGUGUCGGCAUGCUCUGGUGCUCUUCUGACCUCCCUCCUGAUGACGCCGUUCGAUGUCGUCAAGACCCGGCAGCAGACCAUGGCGCACAAUCGCACCGUAUUGCAAAUCGUCCGGAACGAAGGCGGGGCUGCCCUCUGGAAAGGACUGAGUCCGACCUUAGUCAUCUCGGUGCCCUCGACUGUGCUCUACUACGUCGGAUAUGAGAAAUUCCGCAACCAAAUCUCGGCGCCGCUGUCGUCGAUCGGAGCCGGUUUCAUGGCACCGCUUCUGGCGGGAUCGAUCACACGAGGAGCCGUUGCGGCGAUCGUAUCCCCUAUUGAGCUGGUGCGGACCCGGAUGCAGGGCAAGACCGACGAGCACCACAGCCUCGCCAAGACCCUGAAGCGGGUGCGGUUCAUGACCCGGCAGUUCGGGAUCCUCUAUCUGUGGCGGGGCUUGAUCCCGACGCUCUGGCGAGACAUUCCGUUCUCGGCCAUGUACUGGGUGGGCUACGAGCAGCUCAAGCCCUUGUACUCGCGAUAUCUGGGUGGCGGCGACAGCAAAGCCUAUUCAGAGUUUCGGUCAAGCUUUGCUGCCGGAGCAACGAGCGGAAUGAUCGCUGCAAUCGCCACCACACCAUUCGAUGUCGCAAAGUCGAUUCAGCAGGUCGACACUUCGCACUCGCCGCAAAAGUUCUCUUGCAGCCCACACGGACGCAUGACAUGCAUCCUACGGGAACUCUAUCGCACCGAGGGACUGCCGGGGCUGUUCAAAGGCAUCGUGCCUCGGAUUUCCAAGAUUGCCCCUGCGUGCGCCAUCAUGAUUUCAACAUACGAAGUGGGCAAGCAGUUCUUUUCGAUGGAGGCGUAGCGAUUAUCCGCUGAGCGGGGGCACCGUUCCCCGACGUUUCUUCGACCCGCCCGCCGCCCGUGCCCCGUCGCCGACUCCUUGGCAGCCCAGUCGGUGUGAAUGGUCCCUGGACCUGGUUCGAUAUUGUGGCACGUUGCCAUCUUUGCUCGUUUAUUCCCCUUGGACCGCGAGCGCACCAUAGAGUAUAAUGUUUGAAGUUGGACUUUCAGUCCGGCCUGACGGCUACACGGAUAGACCUCGACCUGGCAUAUGGUUCCAGGCAGCAACCAACAGCAACAACAACAACAGCAACAAUGCCGAUCACUACAAUGUUCGUCGGGCCUGGGCUGCAUGGCCGGAUGAUGGCCAUCGCUUUACACUCUCCAAAAACAAAGAUUGGGGCGCAAUCCCACGGCCUAUCCACCGACGCCUGCAGAUCACUGUCCUGUUUUGUUUCAAACACAAUAAUAUCACGACUAAGGAAGCUGUA